CUAGAGGAAGAUAUACUUUCUCGUCUUCCACCUAAAUCUCUUGUUCGAUUCAGAACCGUGUCGAAGAGAUGGAACUCUCUUUUCAACGACAAGAGUUUCAUCAACAACCACUUGUCUCUCUCCCGUCCCCAGUUCAUCUUCGUGACCAAAUCAAAGGUUUAUUCAAUAGACAUCAUCGGUCAAAGGAUAAAUUUACAUGACAUACACUCGUCUUGCAGAUAUUUAAAUCUCAAAUACGGAACCUUCACUAGUUACGAUGAUCUCUUGCUCUGUAAAUAUCCACACCGCUUGGUGAAGGAGACAGCCCUUUGGAAUCCAUGGUUGAGACAGGUAAACUUGAUCAAGUUGCCCUUGGACAGAUUCUUCGCUGUUUUCGGCUUGGGAUACAACAAUAGUAGACCCCCAAAAGGUUCACAAGAUUCUACUGUACUACCCCCUCUCCCAGGAAGCUGCGAUCUACGCGUGUGCCUCACACGCGUUGAGGUAUAUUAAACACCUGACGAGGUACACAUACCUGAAAUAGUUAAACGGUCAUAUGUGUCCUUGUAUGGAAAUUUAUAUUGGACUGCUUACAGUCCCCAGACUCGUGAGCAUUUCAUCCAAAGCUUUGAUUUCACUAGGGAGGUUUUCAAAACCGUUUGUCUCCUUCCCUUACAAGAAAAUCCUUGUUUAGAUGAACUUCUACUUGCGGUUUGUAAAGGAAAUCGGUUUUCGUUGUUAAAGCAAUGCUAUUUAACAAGGAAGAUUGAAAUUUGGGUAAUGGAAAAUAAGAUUGAUGAUAAAGAAGAAAUGGCGUGGAUAAACUUGAUGACCUCGACAGCAACUAACUUGCCAUAAGUUGUUUCCCAAGAUGUAUGGCGUUAGUUACUUCGUCUAUGAUAAAACCCUAUUCAUGUGUUGUGGCGACGAUGAAUAUGGGCAUCCUUGCAUCUGUAUAGUGAAGGGAGACAUGUGCAAUUCAGAUAGGGUAUGUCAAGGUCGGUUGGUUUUCUCACUGUGCGUAUGUUCCUAAUUUGACCUCGGUUCCUUUAGAAUUUCAGAUUUGAGUAAAUUGUUGCAAGUCUAGUAAUAUCAGUUUUUCUUUUAUGUCUUUUGUUUUAUUUGAAAUUUUAAAGUGAUUCUGAAUGUUUUUUAUUUUAGUUUAACUUAGAGUGAUUUCAACGUUUACGUCUCAAGUUGAUACACAUCAUGCAACAAAAGUCUUGUUGCAACAAGAUGGAAGAAGUGGAUAAAGGACAAAUUUCACACACAUUAAAAGAACAAGGGUAGGCUUCGCCCAGGGCCGGCUCUGAGAUUUUGGUGGUCUGUGACUGUAACUGUGUCUAUGUAAAAUUUUUUUUUUUUUACAAAUUUAGGA